AUGGAAUGCCGUUCAAUAAAUGAAUAUGCUCAUACACAAGAUUUAUUUGAUGAAUUAAUUAAAGAUGCUGGAUACAUCUUUCAACAUACAGAAGCAUUACAUGGUCGAAUUGAAAGAUUCAAACUUAAAGUAACAAAAUUAGAUUCAAAUAUUGAAGAAGUAACUAUCCAAGAUGUAAAUGAUCGAAAACCAUUUUUAAGUCUAACACGUAUUGAUCCACAAGUGGUAAAUCGUGCAACAAUGCUACAAUCACUUUGUUUACUUUAUGAACAAGUUGAAGCUGCACCUACUCUUCAUUUACUUAAUCCUUAUCGAUAUAAUGAUCGUGACUCAAUGAAAUUUUAUACUGAUCCCUCAUUAUUUUUCAAUUUAUGGAUUCAAUCAAUGGUACAAUUUUCACCAAAUCAUCAUCUCAAUAUCGUAGUCCUCAAGAUUUGCUAUGUCAUCAAGGAGAAUAUAAAUCAGUAUCGUGCUUAUAUUCAAUCACAACAACAGCAACAAGUUAUUCAUCAACAAAUUAUCGUCUUCGUUUAUAAUAUUCAAAUAAUAAUCAUUAUCAACAAUUAA